AUGGAGUCGGAGCAACGAGGACGGGCUUCGCGGGCGUCGUCUACGUCGAGCCUCGGACGCGAGGUCCGUUGCGGUUGUCAGUACUACCAGAGCGACUCGCUUCUGCCGGAACGACGUGCUCUUCUCGGUAGACCGCCGUCCAGGACGAUGCAGCAGCCGCCUGCGGUCCGCUGCAGCGAGCACGAGUACGAACCGAUCGCGGCGCCGACGCCACGACCGGCGUUCGCGCCGGUCGUGAGGAUCACCGACACGGACGUGAUGCCCGUCGCUGACAGCGACGAAAGCAUCGACGACCGUUCGCGUUUGCCGCCCGAGCUGACGCAGGCCGGCGAUGUACGGCUACCGUUGGACGGCAAGAUCGAGGACAACGCGAUGGAGGGCCGGGAACUCGGCGAGACCGGCGGCGACACAUCCGAGGAGAUGGAAACGCCGCAACAGCUACAGGAUCGUCUGGAGGAGAGGUUCCUGAGCGCCCCGACCCCCGGUGCCGAGUCAAGGACGGACGGCGAGGUCAACACUAGUCAGGUAGACUCGUUGGCAUUGGAGGAGCUGCCGUUGCGUCGCGGUGCCCGCGGUCUGCCCCAACGACUAAAGACGCAGGCCGGAAAGCUGCGCACACGUUUGCGGAACAUUCAACGUCCGUCGUUCGCGUUCGCGGACAAACCGAAACCGGAGAAACCGCGAUCGGCCAGUAGCGGUCGUUCGGACCGAUCCAGAACCGAGAAACGACCGAGCCGUAUGGAGAGGAUCAGAUCGUCGUUCUCCGAUCGGCCGCGAUUCAGCCUGCCGAAUCGUCCGAGAUUCUCGUUACCGGACCGUUCGAAGUUCCAUCUGCCGGAACGGCCGAAGUUCAAUCUGCCGGACAGACCGAAGUUCAAUCUAAAGAAACCGAAUAUACGGCUGCCGAACGCGUUGACACGCGCGAAGAAACCACCGUCGGACGAGCAACGGUCCACGGACUCGACGAUCGGUUCACGUCGGAACAUCUUCGAUUUUUCCACGUAUCCCCGUAUAUUCGACAAGAAAUCGAAAACGAAAGGCGAGUAUGCGACGUCCACGCCGAAGGACUCGCGAGCACAAUCCGCGGAGAGCUCGACGUUGCCCAGAGCGCAAAAAGGCGCGGCGCAGAAUUGGGCGCAGAGAUUCGAGGAGACCGCGUACAUCGAUGAGGAUCGUUCGGACGCGGAGACAGCGGCCGAGAGAUCCCGACCGUGGCGACAUCCGUCGCUGGAGCAACCGAGAUUGUCCAUCGGGGUCGCGGACGAGGCGUUGGCUUCGAUGCCCUGGGAGGAGAAACGUAGGCAACAACAGUUACAGUACACGGAGUACGAGGAGUCCGUCGAGACGUCGGAUCGCCAGGCUCCACCCACAUCGGAGACCUCGAGAACGGAGGGGGAGGAGUCGUACGACGGGGAACGAAUCGAGUUGUCCGAGCCGAGACUGUACGCCGAACGGGACAGGAAGGAACGUAUAGAGGAGGACAGGGAGGAUUGGGUGCUGGAGAAACAGAUGGUCGAGGAGGAUUUUCGACCGAUCCCACGAUCACGAUCCCUGGAAGAAGUGAUGCGCGCCCGGGGUGACGAGCAAUAUGAGGGCUUCGCGAUGGUCGAUCCGAGAAGAUACGGUGUCCACAAGACCCCGUCGGAGGAGGAGGAAGAGUACGAGGAAGAGAUGGAGGAGGACGAGGAGCUUGAACCGUCGUCCGCGCAGUCGGACAGGGAGCAACAACAUUCGAGCGGUAGCUCGUGCGAUCGACGUAGACGAGGUGUAAUAGAGGAGAUCGAUUCCGACGAGUUUUUCCUGCGUGAGAGCGGGCUCAGUCAGGGCGACAUGAACCUGGGCAAGUAUCUCACCCACGAGAUACGAGACGCCCUACGUGCGGAGGCGGGAAACGCGCUCGCUGACGAGGACAUGAUGCCCGUUCCUCCGCAACGUCCGAUGCGUAAGAGGGCGUUACGAAAGCAACCGCCGGAGGGCCUGGCCGAGUCCUACGACGCGUUGCCGCCGGUCAGGCCGAAACGGGACCAGAACAGGGUCCGUCGAAGCGAGUCCGCGGACGAACCGUAUCGUGAACGGACCAGAAGCGACUCCAGGCACCGUGUGGUGUACCAGGCGGAGGAUAUCCAAGACCUCGGCCCGCCGGAGCCGCUGGACGAUAUAGUAGUGGUGAAACCGAUACGCAGGAAGUCGAGGUCCUCGCAGCGCAGCCAGUCCCAGGUGCCAUCGGAACCGACCAGGCCACCGUCGCCAACACCACCGACCCCACCUGUGGUCCCCACGAGGCGGAAACGUUUCCGCAAAGACACGUUACCGUCAGCGGAAAGACGAAACGGAGAGGCGGUGCCUGUCUGCAACGGUCACACCGAGUGGACGGGAGCCGACUCGAUCCCCGAGAAACCAAUGGCGUUGCCUCACACAGCAUUGGAUCAACUGCCAAUAGAGCAAGUAGUGUACAUGGCCGGGGACAUCAUGACGACCAGCGAGGAACAGAUUCAAAAGCGGUUACAGGACGACGAGUACAUGGAGCCAGCCCCGGUUCCACCGAAGAGGAGAUCGAGAUCCAGAGGUACUUCCAUCGCCCAGGACGAGGACCGCACCUCCCACGGCGCGGAAUCGUUGCCGGAAGCCGGUUACGUGGAAGAGGACAUUCCACGGGAUGACAUCGAUUUCGGACGUGACCUCUCCGGUUACGCGAUCAUCGAGAAACGGGAGAAACCACCGAGACCGCCGCCGCCAAGACGGAAAAAAGAGAAAUUCGCGACCACCCCAAGAACCGUCAUGCCGAAACGGCCACAGCGUGCUUACAGCACCCUCGGUCCAGGAAGGACACGGGAGUCUGACAUGCUGUCAGAGACGUUCGUCGAGACAUGGGAAACAACCGAGUCCGCGCCGUACAUCGAGAUCGAUUCCGACGACGGCGAGCAAAAGGAUCUUCGAAGCACCGAUGUGCUCAGCAAGAUGCAGAGACGUCCCCUACCAGCCCCGCCCAGACCACCAAGAGUUAGGAAAGAAAGAUCAUUGGACAGAUCCACCCCGGUCACGCAAGAAUUCUCUAUGGAGACCACGGCGGCCACGCAAACGGACCCGUUGCCCGACGACAUGGUUAUCGAGGAAGAAGUGACCCAAGCGAAGCUGAUCGUCGCCCCGUCUAGAUCCGGCUCUCAGAUCAUGGUGUCCACCGAAAGGAUACCAACCGUAUCUGCGCCACCUGUCCCGCCUUUACCGUUGUCGCAACAACGUUCACGAAAAGAAGAACAGACGGGACCCACGUACGACACCGUCUCCCUAAAAGCUCCCUCCCCACCGAGAGAACUGGAAACACUGGAGGACAGGCAUCUGUCAGCACCGCACUUGGAACCAUCUCGCGAGGAACCGGCUCGGGAUGAAGAAGCGCUCAUACGAUCCAUUCGUUCCGCCCUGUUGUCCGACGAACCGGUACGAAUCAGCAACCUAGAAGUAGGGGACCUUAGAGUGGAUCGAUUGAGCGUGUCGCAGAUCGAGGCGGGAAAGAUCAUAGCGUCGGAGGUGGACGCGUUAGUAAUCACCGCGUCCGAAUUGAAAAACAUAGGCGGCGGCCUCGAGGAGAGUGUGUCCCCGUCGAUUAUCCGGGAACUGAUCGCCAUAAGAAGCCAUCUAGAGACCGUGGCCGCGUCCCGUGUUCAAGACGACCAGAGGCGUUCGAUCGAGGCGACGGAAAGAAAGACAGACAUUCCGGUCACGGACAGGCACAGCAUACCAUCCCGGGAGCCACAGGAUCAGACCACCACCCUUCGACAGAGCCCCGCGGAUCCCGGGGAUGAAAUGCCGAGCGACGAUCAAAAGGUUGUUAACAGAGAAGUAAUCGAAGCGAGGGACAGAAAACCAUCCAUAACACACACACUAACGGUCGCACAAGUAGAGAUCAAGGAAAUGCCGAUAACACAUCAUACAAUAUCAGUCGUUCGUGUAGACUCUAACGACAGCGAUAAUAUCCCUAGCACACAUUCAUCCCCAGUCCCAAAGAGUAUUGAGGAUAAGCCGUUACGAAUUUCUGAUUCAGAAACCCCCCUUUCUUUGAGCACGGGCACCGCUAAGGAGCCGAACGUGGACGAACCCCGCGCGUCCCCUCCCUCGUCCAUAGAGACUGCAGAACCGGUCACGGAGUCAGGGCUACCUUCGGAGCGGAAGCAACGUUCGCGGUCGGCCAGCGAAGAACAAGAACCGAUCGAGUCAAUACCACCGGUGGAAUUCGCGAGGUUACAGGGAGAGCCCAGAGACAGGGAUAGUUCCCCCGAUGGAUGCUUCCCAGGUACCGAGCAAAAGCCACGGAAGUCCAGAUCAAGAUCACCGUCCCCCAUAGGUAUCGGCCGCACGCGACAAACCGCUUCCCCUGUGCGAUCGUUGCCGCCCGCGAUUUCCGUGACGCCGGACACACCGGACACUGUCAUGAGUCACGGUAUCAGCAGCAACGAAACACAACCGCAACGGGCCAUUAUCUCGUACUCCUCGCACGCGGAGCUGUCGGACAGGGAGAGCCAAAGGGAGUCCUCCCAAUCACCGAUAACCUCGUUCCCUAUAAGCGGGACCCAUCUCAUAGCGUUCCCAGUUACCGAGGUUCCAGCUCAUUUUCUAUCCCUGGCCUCGCCGCCGAAUCAGCGUACGACCGUCGAGCCAAGUGUCGCCGACAGUGCCAGACAAUUGCUAAGAGUUCUCCGGCUGGCCGGUAUAAAGGCGAUGAGACACUUUGUAGGUUAUGUGUCAUCAAUGGCGGGCGUCGAGGAAACGCGGGAAAAGAUCCGCGAAGUGGAGUUAACGUUAUGCGCCCUCCUACUUCUGAUCGUAUGCAUGCUGAUAUUCUUUUUCAGUAACACACGAACAGUGACGCAUCAUCAUCAUUGGGAUUACUUCAAUCCACCGAAAUAACACGCGGCGGAAUGCAAUUUCACACGAAGGUACUGUAACGGCCUCCUUAUAAUAGCGCUUCGUCGCUACCACAUGACGUAUAACGUGGACUUACGUCAUACACGUCACACAUUCUGUAUUUUCCCCGUUCUCCCUCUGACACACGCUUAUUGCUGUCCCUAUUUUGUUUCCGUCGGAAACGGUGAAACGAGUGGUCCAGCGAAUAAGACGAUCGCAAAAUCGUGUUCUUUGACUCCCUACGAACCGAGCUGCGCGAUUAUUAUGGAGAGAAUACUGUACCUGUGAUAUUGCACACGAUCACGACGUGAUGUACAUGUUUGGGGAACCGGGGUGGAUUAUUUAAGUAUUUAAGCGUGUCUUGCUUGUUGGAACGAAUCGACGGUGAAAAUAAAGAGGACACACGAAAUAUGAUCCUCGUUCAAUUUGAUAUUUUCGAGAACAAAAGGAAAUACCGAGGUACAAGUUUGGGGAUAAUAUACAAUAUAACGGAUGGGUGUCACCUCGAAUAGCUCAAUGCUCUCUAUUAAAAAUCCUUAUUCUUAUAAACUGAUUUUAUAUAUUCAAGAUUGAAUUUUUAGAAGAAACACUGUAAACAUUGGUAACAUAAAAGAGGAUAGAGCUAGGAUCUUUAUAAGAUGAUAACGAUUAAGAAUGUAAGAAAUUGUAACGAUUUUUGUCGAACAAUUUUGAUAGUCCUGUCCUCCAGUUGAACAACGUAUUUACAGGAAAGUACGAGUCAUACAUAACUAAUAACAAUAUGGAGAACAAUGAUUCUCAUAAUCUGAAAAUUCUUAAUGAUGCUACAUACGACGACGAAUGAUUGAUAUCUGUGAGAAAAUGACAGUUGCGAAUAAUUUGUUACGAGAUUACUUGUACUUAAUGACUAAGUGCCAAAUAUGUAUAAAAUCGAUAUAUGUUAAUUACAAAUACCUAUUACUGAAACCAGCAUUUUAACAACCAUUUCAUUCUUUACUGAUACAAAUCAUAAGCAGUAACACUCA